AUGGCCUCUCAGAAGCAGCAACAGAAGGCCAAUCGAUGGGGCUUCCUGUCACAAGCGGUGGCCUCUGUCGAAGCCGGUCUAGAUACGAUACUAGCCGAGGAUGAAGCGGCGCCGAAAAGGACGGCGCCAGUCGCCACAAAACAAGCGAAGGACACCCCGUCCUCAACCCGUCCGUCAGCAGAGCUACCAAGGAGUGGUGCCAGCACUCCGGGCAAUGACCGUCUGCAAGCCCGACUGGCGAAAGCGAUGGCACAGAAGAAUCAGGGCCGAUCAGAGUCCCCUGCUCCAACUUCCACCAUGGAUCCUCAGCCCGAAAAUGCCUCAGUGGAACAGAAGGCAUCAGAAGAGAUCGGCCGGGGAGGGAAGGGGCCUACGGAUGAGGUUGAGGAGACGAACGUCGGCGGGCCACAAAUGUCAGAGAAUCCCACAGUCGGAGAGCCUUCAGACGCAACGAAAGAUUCUACAGAACCCGUGAUAGAAGAAAGGACAAAGUCAACGCCUUCUCAGACUGCAUUGGACGCUCCCACAUCUCAAGCGGACUCUCUCCGGCCAUCCACCGAAGCAGCCCUGAACUCUACAAUAUCGUCAUCGGUUCGGGCAUCCACGGAAUCAGUGAACAAAGCAGACCCGGCUCUACUUCACUCGCAACUAGAAGCUGAGGCCUCAAGACAGAAGUUACAGGAGGAGUUGAACGAUCAUAUCGAGCGCAUAGAUGGUCUACAAGCCAAGCUGAAAUACCUAUCCGCUCAAGCCGCCAAAAGCGCCAAGGAUGCUGCUGUAGCCGCUGAGGCUGGUAGCACCGAAAAGCAGAUCCUGGAGAAGGAUGAGAAGAUCGCCCUUCUGAUGCAGGAAGGCACGACCCUACAGAAGACAGAGUUGACGCUCCGACAGACUGUCAAGAAGCUGCGUCAACAAACAGCAAGCACCGAAAAGGCAAGCAGCGAUAAUAAGCAGCGAGCCGAGCGGGCUGAGCGCAAUCUGCGAAUCGUGGAAGAUCGAGCAAGGAAGGCAGAAGCCGUGGCGAAGCGAGCAGAGCAGAACCUCGCCUCCAGUGCACACGCCACGAGCGGUCUCGAAGCCGUCACGAAGGAGAGGGACGCACUCAACGCCACUCUCGCCGACAUCCGCACACAGCUCUCACGAGCCAACGCCCGAGCCGAUGCCGCCGAGAGUAAGGCUACGGCAGAGCAACUUGAGAAAGAACGCAAGAAGACCGCGGAUCUUCAGGACGACAUCACCAGCGCUAAAGUCGAGCGAGAACUGGCGGAAGAGAAGCUGAAAAGGGAGAUCAAGGAUCUGAAAGCUUCGCUGGAACGCGAGAAGGCGCACUCGCGAGCCAUGGAGACCGAGAUGCUGGGCGAGCAAGCCGCUCUCGAGAGCAAGCUGGAAUCGUUCCGAGCACGGGCUGAAGAGGCGUCCUCGAGCGACCAGGGCGGCGUACAGGCCAAACUCCUACGGCAGAUCGAAACGUUACAGAGUCAGUAUGCCGCCGCCAGUCAGAAUUGGCAGGGCAUCGAAGGAAGCCUGUUGAUCCGGAUCACGAAUCUGGAGAAGGAGCGAGAUGAGGUCGCGGCCCGCGAGUCGGACGUGCGGAGAAAGCUACGGGAGACGACGUCGAAACUCAAACGGGCGGAAAGAGAUCUCGAGGACGCACAGAACCGUCUGCCCGAGACCGAGAAGCUGUUGGGCGAAGCAGAAGAAGAAGGGCAGCGUCUGUCAGCAAAGAUCAAGCAUUUGGAUGGAGAGGUUGCGCAAGCACGAAAAGACCUCGAUGAACAGAAGGCACAGGCCGAGCGAGACACAGUUCGUCGAAUUGAGGAAGAGAGGGCUAAAUGGACCGCAUCUCUCCAAACCCAGCGUAUUGAGUCGCCAAUGUCAAGCUUUCGCAAAGCAUCCGGCCUGGCACUGGACGUGUCGGAUCGACCGACCAGCCGACGGUCUUCAGUGUUCCCCGAUAUCCCUCUGCGGCAACAAUCUCACGCAUCUCUCAAAGGACUUUCCAACGGUGGGAUGCUGGAGACGCCGUCCAUUGUUACUUCGCAAGACCCCGACGAGUAUUUCAACAACGUCCCACCCACCCCAGCUUCUCAAGGCCACGGUAACUCCCCUCGUGCGCUGCACGACCUCGUGUCCACUUCGACUGUGGGUGCUGGCCCUUCGGUGCAGCUCGUCGAGCGCAUGUCGGCUAACGUCCGCCGGCUCGAGAGUGAAAAGGCCGCUUCCAAGGAUGAGAUAGCGCGUCUGACGAGCCAGCGUGACGGGUCCCGCUCCGAAGUGGUGAAUCUGAUGCGCGAGGUGGAGGAGAAGCGCAACGUCGCGGAGCGGCUCAAGACUCUGGAAGAAGAGUAUAAAGCGCUGAGCGAUCGUUACUCGACCACGCUGGAGCUGCUGGGCGAGAAGAGCGAGCUAGUCGAAGAGCUCAAAGCCGAUAUCCUAGAUGUCAAGCAGAUGUACCGCCAGUUGGCGGAUACGAUGGGAAAGUAG